AGAGUAACUUCCGCUUUCUGUAUCAAAACAAACCCGCGUGUAAAUCCACGCAUGUCGCGACAGUCUCAUUCAUUAAAGAAUUGAGAAUACUACAGGACAGCUGAGUAGAAGAGGUCACUGUGAAGUGGACCGGCAUAUUGGACAACAUGGAGGACAUUAAGAGACGCCUGGAGGUGAAGCAUCCGGCAAUACAGAUACAGGCUGUGUGGCGACUGUACUCAGAUGUCGUGAAGAAGUCCGGGAAGGCCACCAUUGAUGCGUCUACGCCAGAGAUUUUGGAGCUGAAAGCAUUAUGGGAUAGCUGUAGCUCACCUGAUCGCAUCGUGAGUGAAGCAAGUGGCCAGGCUCUGGUCAAACUAGUGGUCCUCAAGAAGGCCGAGUUUACCUACGUCAUCAAUAGUCUGCUGAACAUUGUACCAUCAGCCAGAAGCCUUCAAGGAGUUGUUCCAGCUAUUUCCCAACUGUUGACGUUACAAGCAGAGGCAGUCGUUGAGGCCGGACACAGCUACGAGUGCCCCUACUCAAUCAGGACUCCUCCCCAUCCAUUCAUCACUGUCCUGACCAACAGACCAGAAAGUUGGCUGCUCCUACAACAGCAGGUGUAUGCAAUCUGUUGCCAUGACAAUGACAGAAUCAGACAAAUAUCCAUCAGAGUUAUCUCCCCCUUUCUGAAGUUUGUAUUUCUUGAGCCUCAGCAGACGGCUCAGUAUCAGCCAAUGAGAAAUGGCCUACAGAGAGCGCUCAUUGAUGUCUGCUUUGAUACAACAGACAGUGGAGCCAAACAAGUGGUUUCAUUUUUGGCAUCAAUUCUUCAUUGCUUCCAGAUGCAGACCUUUGAUCAACUGGCCUACCUGACAGUGUUCCUCCUGGACAUUCUGAGGACCGCCACCAGACUGACCUGGUCACCCACGGAGAUGUCCAGCCUGGCCGGGCUGGUGUCCUGCUGCCUGGGCACCCUACAGCCAUGCUGGACAAUGGGCAUUGACAGUACCAGGCUAGAGAAGGCAUUGCUGCUCUGUGUAGAAAAACACCCCCAGGCUGUGUGUUGUGAGAAGAACAUUGCUGCCUUGAGUGAGCUGCUGCUGUCUGCUGCCUCAGCAGGGUGCCUAUGUCUCCUGAAGAUCGUCAAUCUCUUGCUGAUCAGCCUUGACCAGUGUCCGUCCGCCUUGGCAGCCAUGUUGGUCCAGCCUCUCCUUCAGAUCCUGUCAGCACCAACUUCUGUGGAAGCGAUGUCCACUUGUCGCAAACAGGUCAUGGUAGCUGCUGCCGAUGACCUCGCUACCAUAGAACAGAUCAUCCAAAACUCUGUGAAGGACAAGUCUCGAGAGGAGAGUGUCAUCCUGCCUAGUGCCACCCCCGACGGCUACACGAGCCAGAUGUAUGUGUCCCUUGCCUGGACCUUCAGCCGGAGCGAGACCACUGCUGGUGUCUGGCUGGAGAGCGUCUCUACCAACAUUGCCAGAUCCAAGAUGGUGCCGCUGAACGUCACCAACAUGGCCGCUGCCCUCUUCGUUGUCUCAUCCUCCAAGAAGCUGUCUGAACAGGCUCUGGCAACAAUGGUGGAGAUUGCCAAGCAUGAUUACUCACAGGCUCCAGGUCUACUUCCCCUCCUGCUGUACCGGCUGGGCCGGGAGCCUGACCCCGAGAUGAAGCUGACCAUCUUGGAGGCCAUACCCCAACUGGCCACACACAAGUUCUGCAUUGCUCCUAUCCUGAAGACAAUCCAGCUGAUGUCAAACUCUCCUAGACUUCGAGCUAUAUCCAUCAGACUGAUGACUUCGCUUUGGAAACUUCAAGACCGCACCUUCCCACAGCUCCUGCACCUGCUCACAGACAUCUCCCCUGGACGAAUUGUUCCAGGGGGCAUUGACGAGGUCACUCUCGCCAAAGCUGCAGCCAUUCGAGACAUCUGUCAGCUGAGACCUGGGCAGCAUGGGUCGGACCUCCUGUCUCCCAUCUCGGACAUCCUCAACAGCCACAGUGGGGAGGAGGGCAGCGCCGCUUGUGCCCUGGUCCUGGAGGGUCUGGCUAGUCUCUGUGAGGCAGAGGUCAUCAACAUCCAGUCAGCCUGGGCCGUCCUGGCAGACAAGUUGACCCAGGAUUGUAGACCACCAGUCGUGGAGAAGAUCUGUGACCUAUUUUCUCUUGUGGCCUCACUGACGGAGAAGACCCCUGAGUUCGAGAACUUUCAGCUUGAGGUUGUGCGGAACCUGUGGUUAUACUGUCACAGUGACAACAGCACCAUCCAGGGGGCAGCACUGCGAGCACUGUCAGCGUUCGCCCCGGACCAGUUCCUCGUCAGCUCCUUGCCUGCACAUGUAACAGAAGACCUCCGUGAGCAAGCGGCCCAAAUAGCAGCACAGCAAGACGACCCCGACCUGACCAUUGACCAGAUCCUCACAUUUGUACCCGGCGUCUGCUUCACACGUCUGCUCAAGACUCUCCAUGCGCAGGUUCUCGAAGAUUAUGAAGUAUUUUUAUCAUCCAUGAUUGGCAAAGAGGUAGAAAGUCUGCCAAGAGGCAUUUACCACUCGUCACUACGGCGACAAGGAGCUGCAGCCAAUCAGGGGAAAGCAGUCAGCAGUAUCCCAGGGUUCAUCUUGUCUCAGUACGAGAAGACCAACCAGCCUGGACUUCGCCCUGGACUAGCAUCUGGGUUGCUGUUUUGCUAUGAUCCUCCAGUGGAAGUUGGCCGCGAUGGCAGACCAAGACGUCAUUACAUCGUCUCUCACGGCAAAAACUAUCAGCAGAUGUUCAACACCCUCCUCUCUGAGGUGCCGGUGCAGCCCUCGGAGUGGCACCGAUGUAUGCUCAUGCCCCAAGCCUGGACCUCCUUUGUGGACAGACUUUUCACAGCCAUGUUGGAGGCCAAGAAAGCUGAUCUAGAGAUGGAAAUAAAGAGAGGAGAUAUUGAAUCCAGUGAUGCCAAGCUAGCCCAGGACACAGCAUGGCUUUGGGUUAGAGAUGCCAUUGCAGAUCUCAUAAAGACAGCAUCCAGAGGCAAUCCUACAAGGCAAGGGAACUCAGUCCUGGCACUGGCUGGCCUCGCAGUGUCUGCAUCACGACACGCUACCGGUCUGGACGAGGAGUCGCUGAAAGCUGCUGAAGACACGUGUCAACAUCUCAGUCAUUCUCAUUGGCUGACUGUCGCCAUGGAUACCAUCAUGUGUUUGAUGGAAGUCUCAUUCAAGCCAAAAGGGAAGAUCCUUGGCUUGUGUCAACAGAGAACGGCUGGUGACAAACUCCCCGCCAGUCUUCUGGCCAGGUCCUCUGCCUGUGUGGCCCUCUCACAGCUCGUGCCCAUCUUCAUCACUAUGGAUUCAGAUAGAAUCUACCAGGUUAUUUCAAUGGCAACUGACAGGUUGCCAGGGCAACCAGGAUGUGAGGAAUCGCCAGUUCUUCAGUUCCACUAUGGCCUGGGACUGGGAAUGUUCUUGGGCAGACUGUUUGAAGAACACAUUUCUGAUGUUGGGGGAGCUAAGGGCAUGAUUGACAUAUGGAAGACCAUGGACAUGUUAGAAAGCUGCUGUUUGUCCAAGGACUUGGAGAACAGAUCCGGAUGUCUGCUGGGUGUGGGUCUGGCUGUGAGUGGGUUGUGUGAGGAGGGGAAGACCGAGUCAAGGGCCCACGUGUCUGCAGUGCACGACAAGCUGACCAUGUUGAUGGAGGAAACGCCAUCCACAGACUCCUCAUAUCAGGCCGUCUGUGUCGCAGUCUCCUGCAUCAGUGGCCGAGCAUUCUCCGCCAACAUCCUCCAGAUUGAGAGAGUCGGUGCUGUGGUGGACAGUCUCACUCGGGCACAUGCACAGAACCCAGAGGUAACAGGUGUCUGUCUGGCACUGGGGGCCUUGUGUUACAACCUCAGUAAAGUGGGACAUCCAACUAUUGGUCAGCUGCGGACAAAGCUGGUUCAUGAUUGGCUGAAAGGUCUUGCAUCAGAGGAAACCCCGCCAAGACAGAAGGUGUCCACACUGAAUGGUUUGAUGGCUCUGAUUGGCUCCGAGAGGACAUUGGUGUCAGUUCAGGGCAGUGGGACAUCUCUCCUUGGAACUGAUGUUGAUGCAGAUAGUGUCAUCAAGAUGGCUACUUCAGUCGUUGCUAAGUCCAGUGACCUUGGCAUUCAGAGUAACAGUGCUUGGAUGCUGGGACAUCUCUAUCUGUCUGCGUGUGCCAUCACGGAGACCCGAGCUAGCGUCCCACCGAGCUAUGCUUACCUGCCCGAGAGCAGCAUCCUGCGGGCCCUGGUGGAUCUCCUCAUCGAGGCUGGGAAGAGAGGACCUGAGGUUAUCCCACCAGAAUAUGUCAAGGUGGCUUUGACUGCCGUCCAGGAGGAUGUCAAACAAGUGCUGCCACCUGUAAACUGGGCAGGAGUUCUCUCCCCUUUCAUGAGAGUCAACUUUGGGACAAGUGUGAGGUGUCUGUGUUUCAAGAUGGCCGUCUCUCAGAGUCUGUCAGCUCCAACAGCAGCCAUGUUCAUCUCAUCGUGGCUUACACCGCCACUUUUCAACUCUCUGGAGAUGGAAUGCAAGGAGUUCCUGUACCAGUCCCUGCCCUACCUCAUCAAGUCUGUGGGCCCUGCUAUACUGCAGACAUUCCUGGAGCGCGGAUGUAUGGAUCCUUUCACUGACAACGACAUGCCAAUGUGUGUGUGUGUACUUCGAGGCUUGAACCUUGCCCUGCAGGUCCAGGACCCACCUGAAUCUGUCACCAAGAUCCUCUACUCUGCCACCCAAGUCAUCUACAAGGCUAUGACGCCUACCCUGCAGGUGGCGCUGUACUGCCAGAUGUCGGAGUGUUUGUCCAACCUCCCGGAUGAGAUCCUGGAUGAGGUAACACUGGAGGAUUUCAGUGAAGUCCGGACAUUCGUGAAAGGCACUUUUGUCAGAUGUUACCUCAUUGCAAAUGGCCGCCAGCCUGUAGCGCUACUGAACAGUUGCAUCGACGCAAUCAUUCACAGUCAACACUCGGAGAAGACAGUGUUGCUGCACCUGCUGGCUCACUGCUUCCAGCAGAUGGCGGGCUGUUCCACCGACUACACCAGACCCGUCAACCGCACACAGUGGCUUCUGGAACUGCUUGGUCACAUUCGCAACAUCGCCAUUGGCAACACAACCUUGCCAGACCAGGCACCCCCACACAUAGAGGUCAUGCAGUGUGCUGUGGAAGUGGUUGCCAGGGCGAUAUGUCUGUGGACAAACUCCGCAGCAGGAGCCAUCUCUGGUGUGGAGCCAUCACUUUUCAGACUCACCACUGGGGAUGAAACACUAGGGGGAGACAACUGGGUGGCUGACUAUGCAAAAAUGUUGCCAGACUGUCUUGAUUUUUUGCCUGGAUGCAUAGCUAGGCUGGAGCGAGAGCCCUGGGAUCAAAUCAUGUCCAAGGCAAUUGACUGGUUGCUGACGCUGUCUGAGAGCUCCACAGAAGUUGUCUCCCCUGUCUCCAGGAAACAAACCAGAGAGUCGCUGUAUAUGCUCCGACACUGCAAGGACUUCAGGAAGGCGGUGGUGUGGUCACGAGUCUUCAGCCCAGACGUCAGUGCUAGUGGCUGAUAAGUCUUGCAAAGCCUGGAACUGUGUUCAUUAGACAUCUUCCCUUGUAGUCUUAUGGCAGACUGCGUUAUGAUGAACAACAUAUCCAUUCACAGUAAUGCACUAUUUCCAAGCAGUAAUGUUUCAUGUUCCAAGCCUUAGAAUCUACAUCUUUUAGAGCAUUGUUCAAGACAUUUCUCAUUUUAACCAAAUGACUAAAUUUUAUCAGACUUUCAAAUGUAGUGAAAUGAAAUAAUAUGUUAAUGUGAUAAUGAAUUAUUGUUGUAUACUACAGUUUACCUGUUUAAUGGGUUGUAGAUGAUGUAAAUCAUGCAACUCUCAUCAUCAGGAUAAAAUGUAAUAAAAUACUAUUUUGCCUAUAUGCAUAUCUUGUAGAAUUCAUCAUAUUCAUAUGUGGAUAUGAUGUUCUAUCGUAAUAACAUGCUACAAAUUACAGCAUUUGUCUAACUCGAAUGUCCAACCCUAGACAGAAGGUGCCAACCCCCUUUUGGUACAACGGAUGCCGAGCCCUGUAAGUGAUAUUCUGGAUGCUGCAGUACAUGUGGCAAUAGAGCUGGGACGAGUCAAAAUUUACUGCCCGGGUACCCACCCCCCUAUUAGCUGACCCUACCUGGGUACCCGACCCCUUACCAUCUGACCCUACGGGCUACCCACUGUAGGUCUCAAGAGAUGGGUACAAACUGUCCGAUUGGGAAUAGUUUGACUAGCCCUGGCGAAAUGUAUUUAGAUACACAGAUAAAAGGAUCUGGUCAUGCAUACACUGAAGUUGACUGAAGUUUAAUCUUUAUUCAAAACAAAACGUCAGAAGGAAUGGGUGUAAGAAAGAAAUGCUAACAUUAAGGACUUGUUGUGUUUCCAUAGAGUUUCAGAUCAUUUUUGUCAUUAAACAAUAUAUCAUGUGACUAACCAUGGGUCUGGGUAGUCCUGUGGGUACACAGCUGCUACUCAGGACCCACCUGACCAGAGUACCAGAGUAUCAGAGUACCCAAGUCAAUCAUCCCAGCUCUAGGUGCCAAUAUUUCAGUGUUGAAUACAGAGUGGCAGAUCAAUAAGAGAGUUAACCUUAGCUUUAAGCAUACAUGGUCCUGCACUCUAUGUGAAAAUCCAAGGCUAAUUCUUAUGUACCAGCUGUUUACACUGUUAUGACUCAAGAGUUCUUAAAUUGGAUGCCAAAACAAAUUAAGUGGUGAGAGAGAUGGGAGGGAGGGUUGGCACUCUCUAGACAGUGUCCUGGUUUUUGAAGUGUUCCCUUUGACUACUGUGGUGUACGUAUGACAUCCACUACAGUGCCAAGCUUUGUUGUCAGCCCUGCACUAGUUGAGAAUAAACAACAUGAAACCCAGUACAUGUUAAGUUUUAUUAUGAUCCGGUGGAGACGACUUAAUCCGAGAGAUUAUUCAACAGAUGACCCUGAAUAUCCUGGGUAUUAUAAACCUCUGGCUGGCUUGAAGCAUGGGGCUUGACAGUGAGUUUGUAUUCAUAGCAAGAGAAGAAUGAACUGCUGGG